UCUGAUAUUUACAAGAAAAAAUGAGUGGUCUAAUGUCCUUCACUCAGACUGAUUAGACUUUUUUUCACGAUGAAAAAAACACCCCUUGAUUUGACUGAGUUUUAGAAUUUAAGACGUAAUGAAGUUUGCGUCAUUGCCAUGGCAACGGUUAUUUUUUAAACAGAACAACACACGCGCUGACCAGAGAGGAUUAUCUGAUUUUGGCAAGUGCUGCAUUCUUGAUAUAAAUACAUCGUUCCUGAAGAUGAUGGACCUAGUGUGGGAUAUGGACUACCACCGAUCGCAGGAUACAGCUGAAAUGCCCGUUUUCACGGAGCUGCAAGCUGAGAUGUGGGACUUGGACUCAGAGGCAGAUGACACCCCGAUGCCUGAAAAGUUCACAACCUACCAAGACAUCCAGUCUGAGGAUUGGGAUGUGGACGACGAGGUCCAAGAGGUGCCCACUUUACACCCUGCUUGUCUGGAAUUCCUCAGUGAUCCAAAGGCACAGAGAUUUCUCGAUCUGUACACCAUCGGAAAUCUGCUGGGGAGUGGAGGCUUUGGAUCAGUGUACGAAGGAGUUCGUAGGAAAGAUGGACAGCAGGUCGCCAUUAAACACAUCCGUAAGGAUGGCUCGGAGCUGUACAUCACAGUUCCUGGUGAGACCUGCAAGCUCCAUCUAGAGGUGGCUUUAAUGCAAAUGCUGUCAAAGCCACCUCACUGCCAGUACGUUCUGCAGCUUGUGGAUUGGUUUGAAAUGGACAACAGCCUCCUGUUAGUCCUGGAAAGACCAAUCCCCUGCAUGGACGUAUAUGAGCUACUGUUGAGUGAAGGAGGCACACUCAGUGAGGUGCUGGCCAAAAUGAUCAUGCUGCAGGUGGUCGAGGCUGCCCGCUACUGCCAAAGUCGGAAGGUUUUCCACCGUGACAUCAAGGCGGAAAACCUUCUUUUCAACUCCGACACCCUGGACGUAAAACUGAUAGAUUUUGGCUGUGGCGAUUUGUGGCAGGACACGCCCUACGAGGAAUAUGCAGGAACUCCAGAUUUUUGGCCUCCAGAAUGGAUCCAGCAACAACAGUACUACGCCGACCAUGCUACCGUCUGGAGUCUCGGCAUUCUCCUACACAGCUUAGUCUGUGGAGAAAUGCCCUUCAGUAAUGAGGAGGAAAUUGUUGCUGGGUCCCUCAAUUUCAUACCUGGCCUGUCUGAAUCCUGCCGCCAUCUGAUCAACUGGUGCUUGGAGCAAGAUCCCACCAAGAGACCAAGCCUGAGGCAGAUCAGUAAACAUGGGUGGUUCACAGAAGGCCUUUCAGGUUAGCCAGAUGAUGGAUAGGCCAUGUUGGGUCAGAACAUCAGCACCCAACAACUCACCCAACCAAUUCUAAUUGACAACUCUACAGUAUCUCACAAAGUGAGUACACCCCUCACAUUUUUGUAAAUAUUUUAUUAUAUCUUUUCAUGUGACAACACUGAAGAAAUGACACUCUGCUCCAAUGUAAAGUAGUGAGUGUACAGCCUGUAUAACAGUGUAAAUUUGCUGUCCCCUCAACAUAACUCAACACACAGCCAUUAAUGUCUAAACCGUUGGCAGCAAAAGUGAGUACACCCCUAAGUGGAAAUGUCCAAAUUGGGCCCAAUUAGCCAUUUACCCUCCCCGGUGUCAUGUGACUCGUUAGUGUUACAAGGUCUCAGGUGUGAAUGGGGA